AUGAAUCGUGUAGUAUUGUAGGAAAACCAGAAAUGUACAAUAUUUUGUCUGUUGCAGAAGUCCAGUAUGUGCUUAUAAUGAAUGGGAUCCUUUGGAAGAGGUGAUUGUUGGCCGACCAGAAAAUGCCCAUGUUCCGCCUUUCACCAUUGAAGUGAAGAACAACACUAGUCAGACACACUGGCCAUUUUAUCAACAAUAUGGCGGGAAACCAUUCCCGGUUGAGCAUGUUGCAAAAGCUGUGAAGCAAAUUGACGAAUUUUGCAAAAUAUUAGAACACGAAGGAGUGACUGUACGCCGGCCCAAAAUAUUGGAUCAUAGCAAGGUAAUGAUUACCUCAGUUACAGGGUUGGUAGGUUCUUGCGCAUGCUCGGAGCCAGAUGACAUUGAAAAAGCAGCCAAAAUACACCAAAAGAGGCCAAACAACCUUUUGUUCAAAAGAAGCCAAAUGCGGAUACAGACUACAGUGUAUUAAUCUAAAGCACGUAAUCACAAAUCAGCCAAUCACUUUUGGUUUUCACCCUAGUUAUAAUAAUAAUUGGCUAUUGUGCUCGUUUAUUUACCAAACCGGUUUGACAUGUUUUUACAAAGAGCCAAUCACACGCAAGUUCAGAUUUUGAAACUAAUCAAGUAUGGAAUCAAGACAACAGCAAUCUCAUUUCUAGGAAUUUUCAACUCCUGAUUUCACAUCGACUGGAAUGUAUGCGGCGAUGCCUCGCGAUGUUCUGCUGGUUGUUGGAGAAGAAAUUAUCGAAGCACCAAUGUGUUGGAGAUCAAGAUUUUUUGAAUACAGAGCUUAUCAAGAUCUCAUGAAAGAAUAUUUUCAUGGUGGAGCAACUUGGACUGUCGCUCCUAAACCGUUGAUGGAUGACGCGCUGUAUGAUAAGGUUAUUUCAUAGAAUGUUUGUAUUUAAACCCUUUUCAAAGAGUCCAAAAUUCUACGUAUUCAAUGAUCACGUGUAAUGAGAGUGGUAGAGACUUCCGCUUCGAGAGUUGAUCAUUGCUUAAAAUUUCCGGAUUUUGUUUUCAGUCUAUAAUUUUAUAAACAUUCCACAUUCUAGGAUUAUCCAAUAAAUUCAGCAAAAGAUCGUCAGAAGUUGGUAGCAGAAGGCAAGUUUGUCACCACGGAACAUGAUAUUUGCUUUGACGCCGCGGAUUUUAUGAGAUGUGGCACAGAUAUAUUUGUGCAAAAAAGUCAGGUAACUAUGAGAUGGUCUUAAAGACCUGAGAGCUCUGCUCUGUUUUGGAUUUACUGACAGUCUGGCAUGCUUAAUUUUAGUGUGCAUGCAGUGAUAACCAAUUUGUGCAAUGAUAACAUUUGUUGAGAUAAAUACCCACUAAAACGUUCAAAAUUUGUGAGUUUGGCAAAGACAAUGGCAACGUCAAUGAAAACGUACGUGAUCGUCAACAAUACAACUUUACUUUAAGACAGAGGGGACUAUAAAUUCAAACGGUCUGUGCCCUGAAAAAUACAAGUGAAACUUUGACGCCUUAGCGAAGAGGAUAAAGAAGGGGGGGACUGUAGUAUCGCAUUUGCCGACAACAUUUCAGUCGCGGAGUCGCAAAUUUUUCCGGACGUACAAAAAUGUUUCCGGAAAUAUCGUAAUUUUUCCGGACAUAUGAAAAUUUUUCCGGACAUAUCGUAAUUUGUUAACUUUUUCCGUAAUUUUCGUAAAUUUAGCGAAGUUUUUGCUAUAACAAUGCCUUUUUAUUCCGAGACACUCAAAUAUUUUCGCUGACUACGAAAGCAGACAUUUGCCGAGUCCGUGAUGAAUGAGGGAGUGUUACACACACCCCCCCUAGCUACGCCCUGCCAGCGAAGACCCUUCAUCUAGUUUCCCGACGAAGAGCCUUCGCUCGAAACGUCGAAAUUUUACUUGUAAUUUUGAAGUAGUUGAUUCCCUUUCAAUAGCGACCUUUCCCUGAUGGGUGAUUUGCACCCCACCACCUCUUCCAACUAAUCCGUCUUUGAUUCUUGUAAUGUUACUUUGAGUGUGUUACUUAUUUUUCAAGCUUGCCUGGUGUGGAUAUACACUCAGAGUAACAGAAAAAAUCAUGAUUACUAGAUUACAUUGAUAUCGAAGGAACUAGAUUCUGUUCCGAAAUAACACAUACUCGAACCGACCUUACCGCGUAGCUCAGUUGGCAGAGCAUUGGGCUAGUAUUUCAAAGGUCGUAGGUUCGAUUCCCACCGUGGCCAGGCAUAUUUUUCAAGCUUGCCCGGUGUGGAUAUACACUCAGAGUAACAUCACAAGCAUCAUAUUCACCUGAGUACAUUACACCAGCACAGAAAAAAUCAUAAUCUGUCUUUCCUAACUAGGUGACUAACUACUUUGGAAUUGAAUGGAUGAGAAGGCACCUUGCACCCAAGGGAUACAGAGUGCAUACUGUAUCUUUUGAAGAUUCUAAUCCCCUGCAUAUCGAUGCUACAUUCAACGUGAUUGGACCUGGUCUUGUCCUAUCUAACCCCGACCGUCCCUGCCGUCAAAUAGAUAUGUUUCACAAAGCAGGAUGGCAAGUGGUUGAACCACCAACACCAUUGAUUCCUGAUGAUCAUCCUUUAUGGAUGACAUCUAAAUGGUUAUCAAUGAAUGUUCUUAUGUUGGAUCCCAAGAGGGUUGUCGUUUCAAAGCAUGAAUACACCACACAAAAG